CGCAGCCCCGCGGGACCCGCGGCCGAGCCCGGCUCCCCCCGCUGCCCGCGCCGGGCGGGGACGAACCGAGCGGGGCCAGCGCGCACCCUCCGCGCUGCCGGCCGCGUCCCCCGGGGCUCCGCUCAGCUCCGCGCAGCCAGCGCGGCUGCCCGGGCCCGGCCAUGGCCGCGGACGCACUUGAAAUCUUCAGAGUUUCUCUCCAGAGGAGCAUAUAGAAGGAAAGAAGGUUGUUUUUUUUUUUUCAUUGCCACAAGGACUAGAAGGUAUUUUUUGCUGUAGCAGCUGAUAUUUUUGCCUCAUGAUUAACUUCAGACCUACACAUUUAGCCAGGCCUAUUUAUGAGCUCUCUGCUGGUCCUCUGAGCCUCAUUCUGACUUCAUUUUUUCUGCAGGAAGGGGUUACUCCCGAUGCCACUGGUUUUUGUCUGCAGUGGGAGCCUUCAUUAUCCUCCCUGCUGUUCUCUUUCACUUCAUCAACAAGAAGCUCUGCUGUGAGCUCCCAUGCCUGGAACAGCGAGGGCAAAGAAAACACUGAAAAGUGCAGAGCUCAUGAAGGCCUUGCUCCCUGAAUUGUAAGUGACAUGCUGGCAAAGCUGAACAACUGAUCAGCAGACACUGGCAUAGUGUUGAACAUGGCUUCUGAGGCUGCUCACAAUUUCCUCCAGCCACUGUCUUCUUGGAUGUCUCAAAUAUACGAAGCGAUCCAACAAGCAGGAGACUCCAUAUCUGCCUCUCUGCUGAAUUUGAGUGGAGUGGGUCGUAAGCCAGAAGGAGAAAGGACCCAGGACUUGGAGAAUAAUGGAGGCAUUUAUGAGGAUUAUUCCGAGGAAUCAGAUGAUGAGCGAGACCUGGACCUUUGGGAUGAGGACUAUUUCUAUCCUAGAGAAGACGGUUACAUUGGAGGCCCUGAUCUUGCUUCACAAAACCUCCCUCACGGCUCUGACACGGGCCCACAGAGACAAAAACGGGUUAAAACCACCAGCACCUUGCCAGAGCAGAGCGUUGAAAGCAGCAGGACCUCGACAGCCAAUGGAUCCUACUGGAUGAGUGAAGAUCUCCAGCCUCUUGAUCGGCUUCCUCCCAUUGCUGAGGAAGAAGGUGAGCCCUCUUGGAGGAUGGGAGGUCAUGAGCACAGCCCCAGCUUGGGUGGCUCCUUAAACAGUGCUAAUGGCACGGCACGCUGUGCAGAUCUGGAUGGACUAAGCCAACUGAGUUACCAAGACAACCUCUCCUGUCGUGAAGAUGACCAUGUAUCUGUUGAUUCAAGAACAACAACCAGGAGUAGGGGCACUGAGCAGCACAAAGGGCCCAGGAAGGAGCCCAGAAUUGGGGAUGGUGUCAGCCAGUCUCACAGGGAAGGUCGUCUGGAAAUGGAGACAGCUUUUGCCAACCAGGGAUUGGAAGUAAAUGAUGCUACUGACAGCUCAUCGGCUUGGAGCCCUGAGGAACACAAUGAAGUGAACAGUGUGCCAGCUCAUCAUUGCGCCCACGAGCCCAUCUGCAAAUGUGGUGACCUGGAUGUCAUCUUCACUUACAAAUCCUCAAGCCAAAAGCUGAUAGCCACUGUCCUGGAGGCCAGGGACAUCCCAGACAAGGACCGCAGUGGGGUGAACACCUGGCAGGUGCACGCGGUUCUGAUGCCGGGCAAGAAGCAGAGGGGUAAGACGAGUGUGCAGAGAGGACCCAUCCCCAUCUUCCAGGACAAAAUCACCUUCAGCAAGCUGGAACCGCAGGAGCUGAGCAGCCACGCCGUUCGCUUCCGCCUCUACGCCGUGCACAAGGUGGUUGGGGAGAAGAUGAUGGGGGAGCAGUUGUUCUACCUGAGAGGCAUCAGCCAGGAAGGGGAAGUGAAGGUGACACUGCUCUUGGAGCCACGGAGUAACCUGAGUAGUGCAGAUUCUCAGCUGAGUCUGUCAGCAAUCUCUCACAGUGAUAGCGCUUCCUCAACACAGUCCCUGUCGCAUGGAGGGGUGCCAGAGCUGCUCGUGGGACUGUCAUACAAUGCCACUACAGGGAGGCUGGCAGUGGAGAUGAUCAAAGGCAGCCAUUUCCGAAACCUUGCAAUUAAUAGGCCACCUGACACCUACGGGAAGCUCUGCCUGCGCGACUCGGUGGGUCAGGAGAUGUCUCGCUGCAAGACCUCCAUCCGCCGGGGACAGCCCAACCCCGUCUACAAGGAGACUUUCAUCUUCCAGGUGGCCCUCUUCCAGCUCUCUGACGUCACCCUGCUGAUCUCCAUCUACAACAGGCGCAGCAUGAAGCGCAAGGAGAUGGUUGGCUGGAUCUCCAUGGGCCAGAGCAGCAGCGGGGAGGAGGAGCAGAGCCACUGGCAGGAGAUGAGGGAGUCGCAGGGGACGCAGGUCUGCAGGUGGCACACGCUGCUGGAGUCCUAGUGGGGACCAGGGCAGCCUGCAGAUCCUGGCACAAAGGGCUGUCUCCCCUUGCACUCUGCCAGCAGAAACCAGCUCUGGCGGGGCAUGCUGCUUUAACCUGCCUGCUCAGCGGCAGCAGCUGUGGGUAUCAAAGGUGGCAAGGCUUGGGAAGCAAGUUUAGUUCUUGCCUUACCAGCUUGCCCUGCAUUUUCUGCAUCCACAUAAUCAACCCUGGUGAGAAGCAGUGGGAACACCUGGAAAAUCCUUUCCUUGGACAUUGUCUUGCUCACUUUUCCAUAGGCUUAAUCACCACAGACUGAUUCUGAUGUGAUGCUGUUUUUUUCUGGGGUAAACUCUCACUUCCCCCUCCUCCCUUAUUUAUAUUAAUGAAGUUUGCAAAUAUUCUUGCCACGCAGAUAGCUCACAGAAAGGCUAACCUGCAUGCAGAUGACAUCCUCUCCCUUUUAUUAUCGUGUUUCUAAGUCCUAGAAAUAAGCAUUUGAUACCACAGUAGACUGGAUGAUAUAUUUUUCAGGCAGCAUGAGAAAGCACUCUUGAAUUCUCUGUCAACUUUUAAGUGCCUAGACAUUCUUACUGUUCUCCUGUACUAACAAUUGAAAUAAGGACUAAAUACUACUGGUAUUUUUAAUUAGGCACCCUGUGCACCUGUUAGCCUGCAUUGACAUAGGUUUGCACAAGAGAUAACAAGCAUCAGUUUUAUAUUGCAUUAUACAAUGCAUGUUUAGCUGUUUACUUGAAGUUAUGGCUUCUGUCAUCACAAAUACCAAAAAAAGACCAGAACAAACUGCACAGCCACCUUUGUGCCUGAAUCACUCCUUUCUGCAUCGUUUUGUCCACGUUUUAAUGUGAUUUUGAGAAGUGAGAUUCAUUCAGAAAAGCAUUCCUGUGAGAUUUACAGGAGAGGGCUUCAGACCUGUGGUUUUUCUGUGAUUCAGCAAAGCACUGCUCAGUUUGCUGAGGGCUCUUCUUCUAAUCUCCCGUAAUAUCUCCUCGGGAUAUGGAAGGGGACUGGUUUUGGCAAGCUGAGCAGUAGAGGAUGCCAGACCAUGUCACCUAACCUGGGGAAGGAGCUCUCUUGCAGGCCAGGAAUAGGAUCCAGAGGGGCUUCUGGCUCUGCUGGACUAGCACUGGAGAAAAGAAUUGUGCUUCCUGCCUCCAACUGAAAGCAAUGCAAGCAACAGCCUUGCUGGAUGAGGUGAUGACUCUGUCACGUGGUCACUUUUCAGACUACACUGUCCUUUUCCAUUUUAAUCUCUUUUCCUGUCUCUGUGAGCUGAAGUCAUGGAGAUGAUGGAUGGAGGAUGUGUCUCAGUCUGCUGCUUGGCUAAGUGGUUGUUGUUGCAGAGCUGUGUGUGACACAAAGGCGUGUGUUCCUCCUCAGUGGAAUGCAGGCAGUGAGGUGCUGAGAUCUCCAAAUGCUAUCAGCUGCCCAAUCUCCCAUUCCCCACACUCUCUAGGAGAGGACUGUCUUUUCUCCAUUCCCGCUGAUGACAGCAAGACACAGGAAAUAUUUUGCUGAAGAGGUUUGUCUUUACUGAGUCACUUCAUGGUUUGCUUUUGCCAUUUACAGAGACCUGGCACCAAAUUCUGCCUCCUCCUGCACCACAGCCACUUCCUUUGCUCCGAUGGUGCUGUGCAAAUCUAACUAAUGCAAAUUUUGGCACUGGCUGUUUGACCAAAAUUGGUCCUUGGUGCUGGUUUUUGUCACAUCCAGGCUAGACAGGCCCUGAGGGCACUGCUGUGACACUCACAGGUUAUCACUGGGUGUCACAGAGGCUCUGCCUGGCCUCAGGAGGCAGACAGAAUAAUCUGCACAGAGCAGCACUUCUGGUACAGGUGAUACGAGUUAUUCUACAGACCACGCUCUUGUAUCUUCUUAUCACCUGUCUGAGCAUCAUUUUUCCAGGGAGACUGGUGGGUAUUCUAUGCAGGAGGGUUUUCCUCCACUGUCUAGAUAAGCUGGCACGCCUGCUUUGCACUACUGGGGCUUUGAAACACAAAAGAGGGUGUAACCCAAAUGCAGCUCACCCAACAAGUGUGUUCUUGACUGCACUGCCAAAGCUGCUGUAUUACCAAUGCAAGAAAAAGUGAACAUCUGAGUGGUAACCAGCAGAAAAGAACUUCAUUUGUCAUACCCUCUUCUGCUGGGGAAAAAUAAAAAAGUAGAGGAAAUAGCCUAAUUCAAAAGGUGCAUUUGCUGAUUCUAGCUGUUUUCCAAUCUGAACUGCAUAAAAUGUAUAUGCAAGUGUUUAUAAUUAAUUUUAUUACCUGGAAUGAGUGGGUGUAAUAAACUUACUGAGAUUCUCUUCAGAACUUCUUGAACCUGCAAAGCCUUGCCUGUGCUUCAUGAUUAGCUAAGGAAAAAGUGUGAGUUCAUAAAACAUUUCAGCAGUGAACUGGAGAUAACCCAGAUUUAUAACAGCAUGAUUGGAAAAAAAAAAAAAACCUAAUGAAAAAGAUAAUUUAAAAAAACAAUGAAGUACACUGGGUUUGGACUUCCAUGCUGUUUUCACAUUAAAGUCUUUUAUGAAGAUAUGGCAUUAAGGGAAUUGAAUUUUAAUAUAUAAUUUCAUUUUGGAGUUUUUGGAGUCAGAGAAAAGCAAGUGAAAAUGGCUUACUUAGAGUAAGUCAAUACCUAAGCACGUGUUAAAACUUUGCUGUUCAAGGGAAGCAGGUUGCUGCAUCCUUGCUGCCACAUUUUACCCUUCUAUUUUGUCAGAGAAUAUUGAAGGGAGGGGGCAAGGGCUGUGGCAGGGGGACCAUUGGGUUUUUAGAGCUACAGCUAAAACUCUUGGCAUGUCCAUGCCUUGAGAAGUGCUUUUGUGUGGUCCUUUAUGUUCCUACUAAAGCAAUGGAGAAAUUAAGUAAUCUUGGGAUGAGCAAGGUGCUGGGGGUACUCAUGUUUGCUAGUUAUAUUUUGGGAUUUUUGUUGCUUUUGUGGUUUACUUUUCCUUCUGUUAUUGGCUGUCUGUGAAAUGGAGGCUUUGCAGCAGCUCUGGCAUAUUCCAAAGCUCCUGUAAAUUCUUCCCAUUGACAGAUUGAAUUAGUCAUUGCUAAUAUUGAUACAGGCUGGGCUUGUGCUCAUGGUCUUUCUUAUGCAAACACCACUGCCCUUUUAGCCACUGCUUUAACCCCUUGUUUCCUUUGGAAGUGGCUGACAAGGCCGAAUUUCCAGGAAGUUUUGCAUUCCAUGGGAAUCCUGACUCUCACUUGACCCGUGGAUGGCUGGUAGACCCUGUGCUCCCCUGGCCCUCUCCAUGUGGAUGCUGAUCCUCUCUGCUCCUGUGGGGUUCCAGGUGGGAGAACAGCUGUGAGAAAGCCAUGGGGAUUUCAGGCAGCAGGAUGGAAAUGGAUAACCUGGUUCUGGGAUGCUUGGGAGCACACAGGUCUAGAUUAUGGAUAUUUCCUAAUGCACUCAUGUUUUCUAAGAUAAUUUGUUCCCUUUUGACACCACUGUUCGUAAUCUCUUUAUAGUUUAUUUGAAUUGUCUUUAAAAAAAAAAAAAAAAGACCUGAAAAUGUGGAAAGGGAUUAACUGCAUUGGUCCAGAGUAUUAUGGGCAUGUGCCCUGGAUACAUCUCUGUAUCUUGAACAGCAUUGUUCAGCUGAUUGCAGCCUGUUCUUUCCUUGUUCUCUCCCCAGCCACCAUGCCCCCGUCCUGCCAAGCUCUCUGCUGCUAUUCUACUUUUUCUUUUUUAAUGUUUAUUGACAACAGAACAGAGUGAUCUCACCGUGUUUCUACUCCCCAUAAUAACGGUGAUCUUCAGCUGAUGCCCACAGAAAUGAGUUCCUUUUUUAGCCCGCUGAGCUGCAGCAAUCGCUGAAGUGCCCAUUUGCAAAGGCUUUAUCUGGAUGAUCUUCCACAUCCUUUGAUUUGUCUGGGCUUCCUUUUUGCCAGUGUCUUUAAUUAGCUGGACCCUGCUGUGGCCUGCUAGUUCCUGUUGCUCUGCCUUGUCUGCCUUUCCCUCCAGGGGCAAUGUGGGCUGUGCAGCUCCCGGGUAGGUGGACAAUGCUUGGGUGUAUUUUUAGCAGCUGCAGAUCCUGAGGAGUUAUUUGGUGCUUUACAUAGCUGACUGAUCUUCAGUCAUGGAUGGCCUUAGAAGUUCCUGGAUGCACAGAUCCAAAGGCUGCCAGCUGCUAUUGAUCAUUUUCCCAGCAUAAAGCUGAAGGUGGCAGCUUGGCAGAGGAGCAGGCUUUUCCUCUGGUGGCAUUUCAUUUUCCCGUUCAGCUGGAGCUGGCAGUGACCUUGGAGCUGGCGUGCCUGCAGUGCUUGCUUUCCACUCCCAUAUUUAUCAUCAUUUUUAAUCUGUGUGAUCACAGCACUUCAUCUCUCUGCCUCUCUCUCUCAUCUCUCGUGCCUUCUGCCCUUCAGCGUGAAAGGUGGACUGAAAGGCUGAGCAAAGAAUAUGGCAUUCUCCAAAUUCUCCACCAUUUUAUCCCCUCCCAGAGGGGUCAUCCCAAAGUUGUGAUGUUCCUGAUCAAGACCUUGCUUCCCUGCUCUCUUGUCCAUUUGUGGAGUUUGAAGUUUGUUGGUUGGGCUGUGACACUUAAAUAUUUACAGAGUGACACCCUUUCACCUCGAUGUGGACCAAGCUAAUGGCAGAAGAAAGAUCCUGGUUUGUAUUUGCUUUCUUCCUUUUCUCAUGGGCAUUGUGCUCUGCAAAAGGACAACGGAGCCUGCAGGAAUUAGUAUGCAGGAACAUCCUCUUUCCAUUUAAAAUGUGCUAAGUGUGAUGUUUGCAGCUAUGGUUUGAGGGGAAGAAACAAAGCAGCCAGGGUUUGUACAGAAGCUCACACUUUGAAUGAGGCAGGUUUUUCUCUCCAGCAUGUGAUACCCCAACAAAUACAUUCUCAUAUCCCAGGAAGCAGUGCUGGCUCUGAGCUCAUCUGCUUCUGUGAUACAAGGAGCCAGAAGAUGACAGAUCCUAAAGCUUGGAAAGGCAUCCAAGAUAAUUCCACAGAGCUGGUCUGGGUGUUUAUUUGGGAUCUGGUGAGGAUUUAACAAGCUGUCAUGCAAGAAAUGAAAACCCAGGCGGUGGUGGUGGGGGAGAGAGGCAGGAGGGGAAGGCUCUUGGUGUGCUUGUGCUGCUGUAGAGCUGGGAAUUCGCUCACUCCUUACUCCAGAGAGCAGCCCAGCCAGGCUGCAGUGGCAUCAAGCCUGAGCUGAAACCCAGUUUCUCUGCAUGACUCUUGAGCUCCAGCUCUGCUGAAGGCACACAGCUUUUUUAUUCAGUGCAGAGUGAGCUUGUGUCUUCCUGCAGCCUACGCUGUGGGCUCUAAGAAAUGAAUGUGUAAAUAUUUUGUCUCUCACAGCAGCCCAAGGUCAUCUUUCUGGAACAGCAAACAGGCACAGAAUCCAAAGAAGAUCAGUCUGUCAUAUGAGUAAGGUUAGCAUCUGCACUUACAAAUGACAAAGGCUAUUAAUCCUCAUGCUGUAAUCCCCAAGCUGUUUGCCAGCUGGCAGCAGGAAGAUGCUCCUGUUCAACCCACGCAGCUAUCCAUGUUUUUUCACCUUUGUAAAGCAGAUAUAGGUCAAUACUGUAGCCUCAAUAAAAAACUUGGUAGAUGCCAUUCAUCUCUUUUGGCAUUAUAAUCCCUUUCUUCUCCAUGCAAACUCCCUACACAAAUGAAGGGAUAAGAGGAGAGCUCUGGGCUGGGCUCUCCCUGUGCUGCUCCUCCAAAACAGAAGGCUGAAGGUGAGAUUUUUUCCCCUCUUCUCUGCUCCUGAGUUUGUCCAGUGGAUUAAUUUUGAGAUCUCUCUGCAAAGCUGAGCAACCUUAGCAAAGCUCUGUCACUAGACGGGUCUUUACACCCAGAGCAGAGAAAACCUAAUUCUUGCAGAAGGCAGACAAAAUUACAGUGAUGGGACUUUUUUUGGUCUUAAUUUGGGAACCUGCAUCGGAUUAGGGUAUUGCCCUGAAUCCUAUGAGGUAUCACUGGUGGAGCUGAAGGAAACUGCAGGUAGUGAUGCAGGUAGGAUGUGAGAGUCUGACCUCACACACCAAAAACCUGUAUGGUCUCUGGGUUGUCCCCAGCGAGUACUGGGCAGCUGGGGUUGGAAAUAGUUGAGGCAGAAACACAAAAGCCAGACAGGAGCUGUGAAACUCCAUUGAGGUCUGUUACUUGCUCAUCUCUCAAGGAAAUUGGAAAGCAAUUUUUUUUUUUUUGCUGUAACAGAAAUCAUAGCUGCUUUGGCAGCUGCAGGUGUGAGGAGCUAAGGAUGUUUCCUCCUUACUUUUGUGUGUUUCCUCUGGCUGUGGUGGGGGACAUCAAAUGGACACUAAAUACUCUGGAGGUGUUUGUCCCCUGUAGAGUCAUUCCCAGUGUGAGCUGAUCUUACUGAGAAACAAGAGACAAAAAGCUGAUAUUGGCCAUGGGUGAGGAACAAGGAUUCAGGGUUCACACAAAAGCAGGAUUCUUCCUGAGCCCCACAACCAUUAAUUAGCUGUGACCUUCAGGGAAGGCACUUCAUCAUGCCAAAUGCUUCCCUCUCCCUUCAUUUCUCUUUGGGUACAUUGCAAAUUUCUCUCUUCAUUAGCAGCUAGGAAAAAAAUCAUAUAAUUUUGCCAGCUUUCCUCAUCCCUGUUGUCUUGUUAGCACUUUCCAGGUGUUUUUCCUUCAUGCUGUCUCCAUCACUGCAUCUCCCAUCCUCUCAUUAAUAUCUACAGAGGUCUGGUCCAAGGCAGGUCAGUGCCUGGCAGCAAUAUUUUAUGUUCAUGGUGCUCAGGAUAAAACCUGUCCUCCAAUCCCUUGUCACUUUGUGGCACGUCAAGCACAAGUUUUCCAAUUAAACUGGUAUCACAUCUCUCCUGUGUUUCUCUGCUGGCAUUGCUGUGGUUUGUGUCUUGCUGGGCUUUAUUCUCAGCUGUAACUUCAUUGACUUUUCCCAGCAGAGAGUUUUGUUUGUCAAGAAGAGUAAAUGAAGUAAUCAUUUGGUAGACUUAGCAUUUAAAUACUGCGUGACAUUUAUAUGUGUGUGUGUAUAUAUAAAAAAUGGUUUUUAUGGCAGAGUGCCACGAGGCAUUUGCAUGAAGCACAUCCCAAUGUAUAUUUGACUGUUGAUUUAAAUACACAGUAUGUAAUAAGUUA